AUGAAGUUCACCUACACUGCCUUAAUGGCUGUAUUGGCGGCUACCGUCCAGGCUGGUUGCACCAACGAUGGCGGCAACUGGUACUGUUCCGAGACCAACAAGGUCAUCUACCAGGGCGUUGGAUACUCUGGCUCCUACCAGGAUGUCACCAACAUGGACGAAAAGUCAGGCACUUGUACCCAGCAAUCCAAGGCUGUGUCAGGUAACUUGGCACCCUUGGACGAAGAAUUGUCAGUCCACUUCAGAGGUCCACUCAGAUUGAAGGAGUUCGCCGUGUACUACCCUGGAAACUCCAAGCAAAACAACAAGAGAGACGAAGAAGAAUGCACCUCUGCCGUCAUCCACAAGCACCACAAGCACAAGAGAGCCACCCAAGUGGUGGAGGUCACCCAGACGGUGUUUGUCAACGGUGAGGGCCAAACAGUCACCUCCCAGGCCACCCACACCGUGGGCUCCACCGGCCUGCCAGCUGCCGACAUCUCGCCUCUCGACGGCCAAGGAAAGGCUUACAGAUCGCUCUCCACCCUGUCUGCCCCAACCACCACCUCCGGGGGCCCAGCUACCGCCUCAGCUGUUCCUUCGGGCGCCUGGUCCAGAUCCUCCCACUACACCCCAGGAAACACCGACAACUGUGUGUUCAUGAACUACUUCGGUGGUUCUGGCUCUGGUGUGUGGUCCGCUGCCUUCGGUAACUCGUUGUCCUACGCCAACUCCGACGCCUCCGGUGGCUCCUCCUCCCCUGUCGCCUUGCAAGACACCACCCUCAAGUCCAACCAAGAAUACGUCAUCUUCUCCGGCAGCAAGUGUUCUGGUAACGACUGUGGUUACUACAGAGAAGGUACUCCUGCCUACCACGGUUUCGGCGGUGCCUCCAAGUUGUUUGUGUUUGAGUUCGAAAUGCCUUCCGACAACUCGGGUUCCGGUUUCAACCAAGACAUGCCAGCCAUCUGGAUGUUGAACGCCAAGGUCCCAAGAACCUUGCAAUACGGUAACGCUCAAUGCUCCUGUUGGUCUACUGGCUGUGGUGAAUUGGACUUGUUUGAAGUUUUGGCUGCUGGUUCUGACAAGUGUGUCAACCACUUGCACGACGGUCAAGGUAAGGACGGCUCCGCCCAAGGUGGUGGUGGUUCUUCCGACUACUUCAAGAGACCAACCUCCGGUUCUUUGAAGGCUGCUGUCAUCUUUGUUGACAGCGAAGUGCACAUCUUGUCUGUUGACGAGGACUUCUCCGCCACCUUGUCGGAAGAAACCGUCCAAGGCUGGAUCUCCCAACCAGGCUCCAAGGCCAUCCUUUAG